AUGGCCCCCGACCGAUUCCAGCCUAGCCCGCACUCUCACCUCUACAAGGCAACUCUUUCCGUGUUUCCUCAUCCAUUUUCUCACGCUCUCAAUGGCACCAGAACCCCCAUGACCCCAUCACGCAAAACACGACAUCGUCUGAUCGCUGGCUGUCAAAGAUGUCGAAUCCGUCAUCUCAAGUGCGACACCAAUUCUCCCGCGUGCAGCCAUUGCAUCCGGGCAGGUACAGACUGCGACAGAGGAAUAAACGUGCGCUUCCGGAACGGACUAGACAUCUUUGGUGAUGAUGAUGCUCUCUUCCCGGAGAGGGAUUUGUGGCCAUACUUGAUGGGUCCACUGAGGUUCGUUGACGAAACGGUCAUCAUCAAACAAUUGUAUGAGGCGGAAGAGCCAGAGCAUAAUGGCCCAACAGAGCAGUCUCGUGGGGUCAAUGAUGCACCUAUAACUCCAGUCGGAAUUGUCGAGUACCAUGGCCUCGAGCAGUAUACGUCGCCAUUGACGGAUGAUACACCUCCGAUACAGACUCUGUGCCAUGAUGGUCGUUCGUCUGAUUUAGAAUUGUUGAUGGGAAAUGCUCUUCAGCAUUCUGACCGAGUUACGGGAAGAGAGUUACAGAUUAGUGACUUGGUGCAGGAAAAGCGGCUCUCAUUCAAUGAGAGAGAAGCGAAGUUGAUGCGGAACUAUGUUGAGUAUAUGGCGUUGUGGGCAGAUAUAACCGACCCUCAUCGACACUUCGAGAUAGAGGUACCUGUGAGAGCAAUGCAGGAUCCCGUUCUGCGAUAUGCGAUCUUCGCUUUCUCCUCUCGCCAUGUCGAGCGACAAAAAAAGGGAAACGAAGCGGAGGCGCUGCAAUAUCAUAACCACUGUCUGCAGCUGCUGAUUCCCACAUUAUCUGGAACUGGUGGUGAUCUGACUGAUGUUGUUCUUGCUACUGUUGCUAUCCUUCGCCAACACGAGGAAAUGGAGUAUGACGACAACCAAUUCCAUCUGACAGGGGCAACUCGUAUCAUGAACACUGUCUCCUCAUUUGGGUCCUCCGGAGGAUUGGGUGAAGCGGCAGCCUGGCUCUGUCUUCGUGAGGAUAUUCAUGUAUCGCUGAUCUCGCAAAAGCCCCUACGAACAAAUCUGGAAAGCUUCCACCAUUCCGAUAUUUUUCUAAGAAACGAUGAUUUUGCGUGGGCAGCUCGGAUGGUCUUCCUGUUAGCCAAAGUCCUCAAAUGUGCUUUCAAUCAGAUGUCUUCGCCAGAAUACACUGCGCUACAGAGUAUUGCGCAGGAAGUUGAAGACUGGAAUUCCAGAAAGCCGCCGUCCUUCCAACCCCUGCGUGAGCUUCCUCGUGGAAAGAAUGUCUCGCGUCGGUUCCCAGAGAUGUGGAUGUUGCUACCGGUGCAUGUGGUCGGAACUCAGUACUACCAUAUCGCCAAGAUAGUUCUUGCCUUUGCUUGUUGCCCAAGUCCUCCGCUUGCUUACGAGAGUUUCAGAAAUUCGCGAAACAUCGAGAAAGCGAUACGCUAUCACCUGUUCAUGGUGCUGGGAUUGGCCAAGUCAAAUCCCAAAGCGGAGAAUACGCUGUUCACCGCACGGCAUAGCCUAGUGGCGUGGGGCUGGGUCAUUCGGCAAAAGACGGACCAGCAGGCUGCCGAAAUCCUCCUCAGAGAGAUGUGGACGAGAACGGGGUGGGAUGUGACGGCAUCGAUCCAGUCCUUACGAGAGCAAUGGGCUGACGAAGAGACGGACAGUUGA